GAACAAGAAGAGAGAGGACAUUGGAGGAAGUCGCAUGAGGAUAAGGAAUCAAAACAUUUGGAGUGCAUAAAGAAUUGAAACCAUACCAACAACUCAUUAUGACUUUUCUGUCCCAGAUCUGUAUGAGAGGAUCUCUACGGUCGUCUCAUACGAUUCGUCAAAACAUACGGUCAAAUAAUAAUACCAGGUUGUUUAUUGAAAACAGAUUCUUCCAUAGUCAAAGGAAUGUUAGACCUUCGUUACAAAAUAAAGCAUUGAAAAGUCCUACUGGUGGUAAUUUAUUUUGGCAUUAUUUGAACGCUCCUGGGAACAUGUUGUUUUUAACUACAAAUUUCAUUGGUUUAGGGAUUUUGGUAACUUAUAGAUGCUUUUCAUCAGUUGCAGUGGCAAACAGAACCAGUCAAGACGUUGAAACAAACAUUUUAUUGGAUAAUACCAUGAAUGGACUAAUUAAUUUUGAUUCUUCAGGAGAUAGAUUUAAUCUAUUGAAGCAACAAAUUGAAGAAUUAAAACAAGAAGAAUUGAAAUUAUCAGCAUUAGAAGAAGAGUAUGAAGAAGAGGAUAUUCUUGAAACUGAAUUAAAAGAAUUGGAACAAGAAGAGGAAGAUUUAGCAUUGAUGACAUCAAGAAGUCAAUUAAAUGAAGAAGAAGUUGAUGAAAUGCUACCAUAUACAGAAAUGGAACUUGAUGAAUAUGGUCCACCUUUGGUGAGAGACGCUAAAGAUGAGAGAUUCAAAAGCUUAUUGAUAUCACAAUUAUUAUCUUCAUUUUACGUGAAUGAUUUUUUGGGCCAAAUAUUCAGAGAGAAUGAACCGGACCUACAACUCUUAGAAACAUUAUCCACACCAGCUAAAGAAUCAUUAGUACUUGCUCUUUAUGGGUUAUUAGAAAGACAAAAUGAUGGGGAAUGUGCUAAUGUUGAUUCCUUCAAAGCUUUUUUCGAUAAAUUACCGGUAAAGGAGAUUAAACAUUUUAUUGAAGAUGCAUUUGCUAGUGACUUGAGAUAUCAAGGAACCGCAUACAACAAUACACUUAUAAAAGAUGAAUACUUGGAAAAUUCAUUAGAAGCAGCUGAUCUUGAAUCACUUUCAAUGGAAAAAAUUAACAAGAUAAUAAGAAAAGACUAUGAAUUUGAUUGUGAAGCUUAUUUAAAUCUUGCUGUUUUAUUAAUCAACACCAAAUCAUUGGCAAAAUCUCCAACUUAUGACGUCUGUGCGAAAAUUGUUGAACAAUAUAAUGAAAAGGGGAAUAAUAGAAAACAUAGAAAUUUGUCAAAUAUAACAAAUGUGUUGAACAGUGUGUUUUUCCAUUUAGAUCAACUCAAAAUCGAAAAAUUGGGUGAUCCAUUUACACAAUUGAUGAAAUCUUCUAUUCGUUUAGGAAAUAAAACUGGAUUUCAUUCUGCAUUGAGAAAAAUGAAAUGCGAUGAAGCAUCAUUAUUACACAAGCAAAAGCAUAAUAAUAUCAAAACAGUUACACCAAGAGAUAUUAAAUUCGGAGACAAAUUUUCAAUCAAGGCAUACGCAACAGCCCUUGAAGGUUUAUUACAUUUUAGAGCAUCAAGUGAACAUAUUCAUGGAGUCAUUGGUAAACUUUUGAAAAGUUUAGUGUCCAGUGAUGGUGAAUUGAAAGUUUUAACACAAGACAAAGUCAAUAUAGAUUCACAUUCAUUGUUUUCUUCAAUUCCUUUAGAAGUUUUUAAAUUAUUUGUUAGAUUUGCAGAAGAAUAUAGUGAUAAUGUGUUUUUGGGAUGGUGUUUCAAAUUUAUGAAUAGGUAUUAUGAUGUUUCCUCAACAGUUUAUGAUAAAUCUCAUGAAUUACUAAGAGAAACUGCAAUUUCAAUGGGUAAUAAGGAUUUGUUGGCACAGAUUGAUGAUGCUUAUAAAGCUGGAAGAAGAAAAUAUUAA